GGGACGCCCCAGGCGCCCGGGGAAAGCCUUUCAGUCCGUGCGUCCACUUUGCCGGGGGGCGAGGGAGUCGCGAUAAGCUCUGAAACUGCCGCCCCAGCCUCGGGAGUCAGGCCCUGGGUGCGCGCGGGCUGUUCUCCGUGCUGCCGCCCUCCCGCCGCACCCAGCCGACAAGUGCAGCCACUGCCCGAGGCCGCCUCUGGCUGAGGCGGGGCCGAACCGAGACCGAAGCUGUCUGGAAUCCUAAAAGAAAGCAGGACUUGUCAGUACCGUUUGCAUUGUGGUCCCCGAGGUUCAACAAAGGGUGUUUGUGUAUAGAGCGCUGUGCACCCUGGAAAGGUGGCUGUAAGUCUUACUCCAGGCCUGCCUUUUUUUAACCAUCCCUAACAACUAAGAUGUUUUCCAUUGAUGGAACUCACGCUCUGAGAGCUUAAAGGUACCUCUUGUGUACGUUUUGCCAAUUUUAAAUUUAUAAGCGAUUUUUGUUCUGAGAGCUCUGUAAACCACUCUCCUGAAGUGUAUGACGUCCUUUCUCUGCAGAGCAUGGGCAAGUCCUUGCGUCUAAGUGACAGGAUGCGUCUAAGUGACAGGAUACAUCUCAGCAUGUUCUUGCAGGAAAGCCAUGAGGUGGUUCCAUGAGUUACCCAGGGUCAUGGUGGGUGGCAGAGCCAGGCCCUAAUCGCUGGAUCUCAUUCAGUCGGUGACUGUCUGCUGAGCCGGUGUCCUGCGCCGGGCGCUGGGUUAGGAGCUGGGCUGGACGCAGCUGCUGGUUGGCUGCAGCUGCCCAUGCUGGCCUGGCCCUCCUCCUGUUCCAUGUUCUUUCAGGCAGUCAGGGCAGCUUUGAGGAGCUGGCUGCUCCAGUUCUUCGUUCAAGGGCUUCCGGCCCCAUGCCCGUGCUGUGACAUCUCCUAGGGUUGGCCUGGAGGCCCCGCAGGUGUGGCAGCUCUUCAGCCGAAGCAACUGCCACAAAAACCGAAGAUGAGGGCUUCCUCCGCUGGUUUCUGCUUCUCAUUCCUGUGACUGCCUUUGGCCUGGGGACGUGGCAGGUCCAGCGUCGGAAGUGGAAGCUACAGCUGAUCGCAGAGCUGGAGUCCAGAGUUAUGGCCGAGCCCAUCCCACUGCCGGCAGACCCAAUGGAACUGAAGAACCUGGAGUACAGGCCCGUGAAGGUCAGGGGGCACUUUGACCACUCCAAGGAGCUGUACAUGAUGCCACGGACGAUGGUGGACCCUGCCCGGGAAGCGCGGGAAGCUGGCCGGCUCUCAUCAGCGGCCGAGAGCGGAGCCUACGUGGUCACUCCCUUCUACUGCACUGAGCUGGGAAUCACCAUUCUGGUAAACAGAGGGUUUGUACCCAGGAGGAAGGUGAAUCCGGACACACGGCAAAAAGGCCAGGUUGAGGGAGAAGUCGAUCUGGUGGGGAUGGUGAGGCUCACAGAGACCAGGAAGCCUUUUGUCCCCGAGAAUAACCCGGAGCGGAACCACUGGCAUUACCGGGACCUGGAGGCCAUGGCCAGGCUCACAGGCGCAGAGCCCAUCUUCAUCGAUGCGGACUUCAAGAGCACAGUCCCUGGAGGGCCCGUCGGAGGGCAGACCAGAGUCACCCUGCGGAACGAGCACCUGCAGUACAUCAUCACCUGGUACGGACUCUCUGCGGCCACAUCGUACCUCUGGUGCAGGAAGUUCGUAAGUCGGACUCCUGGUGUGUGAGGAGGUUAGCAGAAGUCAGCCUGUCCCUGAACAAUUGAAGCCACUUAAAGAGAUUUGGUUUUAUGCUGA